AUGAACACCUGGUCGAGGACGGGAAAACCCGUGAACAGACGGUUUUCUAUGGAUCGUUAUGGUGUUGUUCUCCUUUUCAUCAGCCUGCAUUUCGCGUACGGAGACGUGAGCUACUCUGUCGCAGAGGAGAUGAAACGCGGGUCUGUGAUUGGAAAUAUAGCAAAGGAUCUCGGCCUCGGGACUGCUGCACUUUCCUCGCGUAAAGCUCGCAUGGACACCGACAGGAGUGGCAAGCAGUAUUGUGAUAUUAAUCUGAGCAGCGGAGAUUUGAUUGUGACGGACAGGAUCGACAGGGAGGGUCUUUGUGGUAAGAAGGCGACUUGCCUUUUAAAAGAGGAGCUUGUACUGGAAAACCCUUUAGAGCUUCAUCGUAUCAGUGUUCAUGUGCAAGAUAUAAACGACAACGCCCCACACUUUAGUGAGGAGUUGAUUUCAUUUGAAAUAACAGAAUCAGCUGAUAAAGGAGCACGAUUCUUACUCACUGAAGCCCAUGAUGCAGAUAUCGGUUCAAAUACGGUGCAGCAAUACAAUUUACAAAAUAAUGAACAUUUCACUAUUAAUGUGGAUACAGACGGUAGUGGACGGAAACACUCUGAGCUGGUUUUAGUUAAAGAAUUAGACCGAGAACAAGAGAACGAUCUGAAAUUGGUGUUGACGGCUGUAGAUGGUGGUUCUCCGAGGAGAUCGGGCACUGCAAUCAUUCACAUCACUGUGCUCGAUGCUAAUGAUAACGCACCAGUGUUUAAUCAGGCCGUAUAUGAAGCCAGUGUGCCUGAAAACGCACCGUUAGAUACAGUAGUUAUUGCAGUGAGCGCAACUGAUGCAGACGCAGGAGCAAAUGGUGACAUUACGUACAGUUUUGAUCAUGUGUCUGAAGACCAUGCCACGCUAUUCUCACUUGACCAGAAGACUGGUGAAAUACGAGUCACCGGGUCCAUUGAUUAUGAGACUGAGACGUCUAUUGAACUACGGAUAAGAGCGAAAGACGGUCCAGGUCUUACGUCAUAUUGUACAGUUAUUAUAGACAUAACGGAUGUCAAUGAUAACCCACCUGCUAUCAGUUUAAAGUCACUGACUAACCCCAUACCUGAGAACGUGUCACCGGGUUCAGAGGUGGGCAUCAUUAACGUGCACGACAGAGACUCUGAGAACAACAGACAGGUCCGCUGCUCCAUUCAGCAAAAUGUCCCUUUUAAGUUAGUUCCUUCGAUUAAAAACUAUUAUUCUCUGGUGACCACAGGACAACUGGACCGUGAACUAGUGUCAGAUUAUAACAUUACAAUCACUGCCACUGACGAGGGCUCUCCACCUCUGUCCUCCUCUAAAACUAUUCAGUUAUCUGUAGCGGACAUCAACGACAACCCACCUGUGUUUGAGGAACAGUCUUACAGCGCAUAUGUGACUGAAAAUAACAAACCUGGCUCCACUUUAUGUUCCGUUACUGCUCGAGACCCCGACUGGAGACAAAACGGAACAGUGGUUUAUUCUCUGUUACCUGGUGAGGUGAACGGUGCCUCGGUGUCCUCCUGUCUAUCAGUUAACGGAGACACGGGGGUGAUCCACGCUGUGAGGUCGUUUGAUUAUGAACAGUUCAGGAGCUUUAAAGUCCACGUGAUGGCCAGAGACAACGGUUCUCCUCCCCUCAGCAGCAACGUGACCGUCAGCGUCUUCGUAUCGGAUGUGAACGACAACUCUCCUCAGAUACUGUACCCCGCCCCGGAGGGCAACUCCUUCAUGACCGAGCUGGUCCCCAAAGCUGCACACGGAGGCUCUCUGGUGUCCAAAGUGAUCGCGGUGGACGCGGACUCCGGACAGAACGCCUGGUUGUCAUAUCAAAUAGUCAAAUCCACUGAUCCGGGACUUUUCACUAUUGGUGUCCACAGUGGAGAGAUCAGGACACAGCGGGACAUUUCUGAAUCUGACAGCAUGAAACAGAACCUUAUUGUGGCUGUGAAAGAUAAUGGACAGCCCUCUCUGUCUGCCACCUGUUCCAUGUAUUUACUUAUUUCUGAUAACUUGGCUGAGGUGCCAGAGCUAAAGGAUAUUUCUUAUGAUGAGAAGAAUUCAAAACUGACCUCCUACCUGAUCAUAGCCCUGGUAUCUGUCUCAACCUUUUUCCUGACCUUCAUCAUCAUCAUCCUGGGUGUGAGGUUUUGUCGCAGGAGAAAGCCCAGAAUGUUGUUUGACGGAGCUGUGGCCAUCCCCAGCGCUUAUCUCCCUCCUAAUUACGCGGAAGUUGACGGCACAGGAACUUUACGCAGCACUUACAAUUAUGACGCCUACCUGACAACAGGUUCCAGAACCAGUGACUUUAAAUUCGUGACAUCUUACAAUGAAAACACUCUGCCUGCUGACCAGACUCUGAGGAAAAGUCCUUCUGACUUUGCUGAGGCUUUUGGAGACUGUGAUUCUUCUCCUGAGUUAUCUGUAGCUGACAUCAACGACAACCCACCUGUGUUUGAGGAACAAUCCUACAGCGCAUAUGUGACUGAAAAUAACAAACCUGGCUCCACGUUAUGUUCCGUUACUGCUCGAGACCCCGACUGGAGACAAAACGGCACAGUGGUUUAUUCUCUGUUACCUGGUGAGGUGAACGGUGCCUCGGUGUCCUCCUAUCUAUCAGUUAACGGAGACACGGGGGUGAUCCACGCUGUGAGGUCGUUUGAUUAUGAACAGUUCAGGAGCUUUAAAAUCCACGUGAUGGCCAGGGACAACGGUUCUCCUCCGCUCAGCAGCAACGUGACCGUCAGCGUCUUCGUAUCGGAUGUGAACGACAACUCUCCUCAGAUACUGUACCCCGCCCCGGAGGGCAACUCCUUCAUGACCGAGCUGGUCCCCAAAGCUGCACACGGAGGCUCUCUGGUGUCCAAAGUGAUCGCGGUGGACGCGGACUCCGGACAGAACGCCUGGCUGUCCUAUCAGAUAGUCAAAUCCACUGAUCCGGGACUUUUCACUAUUGGUGUCCACAGCGGAGAGAUCAGGACACAGCGGGACAUUUCUGAAUCUGACAGCAUGAAACAGAACCUUAUUGUGGCAGUGAAAGAUAACGGACAGCCCUCUCUGUCUGCCACCUAUGUUGAUGGAACAGGAACUUUACGCAGCACCUACAAUUAUGAUGCCUACCUGACAACAGGUUCUCGAACCAGUGACUUUAAGUUCGUGACGUCUUACAAUGACAACACACUGCCUGCUGACCAGACUCUGAGGAAAAGUCCUUCUGACUUUGCAGAUGCGUUUGGAGACUGUGAUUCUUCUCCUGAGACCAACGGAGUCGAAUAUUGA